ACUUUUAUAAAAAAUUAAAAUAAAAUACAAAAUAAUUCAACAAAUAAUGGCAGGCAGAAGAAACAAUCGUGAAUUUUAAGAUGAUAUAAAUGAAGAAAAUUCAUAAGAAGAAGCAAUUGAAGAAAAUUCAAUAAUCGAAGAAGAAGAAAUUCCUGUAUCAUCAGAAGGCGAAGGAGAUGAUUUAAUGGAACAAAUCGAAGAUGACUAUAAACCAAUGCCUGAACUUGAUAGAUAUGAAGUUGAUGGAUUAGAUGAUGAAGAAGAAUAUGAUGAUAUGGAUAUUUCAGUUCGUUAAAAAGCUGAAAGAGAAAUAGAUGAAAGAAACUAUUUAAAAUAUGCUAAUUAAAAACGUAUUCCAGAAGCAUUAAAAGAAUUCGAUUUAGGCGAAGAAGAUGAAGAAGACAUAAAUUUGAAAUUUCAAAGAAGAAGAUAAAUGUAUGAUGAUGAAAAUUCUAACUCUGGAAGCUAAGAAGAUGAAAAUCAAUAAGAAGAAGAUAAAGAUGAACGUGAGUUCGAUAAAUAUUUAGAUAGAGAAUAAGCUAAAGGUAAGCUUCAUUUGUGGAUUAAAGAAGAGACUACUGUUAGAUUUAUUAGAAAAACUUUUAGAAAAUUUUUAUUGAAUUUUAGAUUAAAUGAUUCAAAAAAUUUUAUUUAUAUUGAUAAAAUAAAUGAAAUGUGCUAAAAAAAUAAAAGCUCAUUAGAAAUAAAUUAUACUCAUCUGUAUGAUAAGCUUCCAACUAUAGCUUUAUGGAUUAUAUAAGAACCAAUGAUAAUAUUCCCUUAUUUAAAUGAUGUAGCUUUUGAAGUUGUUAGACGUUUUUAUCCUACAUAUUCUGAUAUACAUCCUGAAGUGCAUAUAAGAAUAACUGAGUAUCCAGUUGAAGACCAUAUAAGAAAUUUGAGAUAUAAAGAUUUAGGAUAAUUAAUUUAAGUAAAGGCUGUUAUUACAUAACGUUCUCCUACAUUUUCUUAACUUAAAAAAGUAUACUAUAUAUGCUAAUGUGGAGAUAGAAAAGGUCCUUUAUAUUUAUCCUCUGUAGAAAAGCAUAAUUUAGGUACUUGUCCUAUUUGUUAACGUUCAGGUCCUUUUUAUUUAGAUAAAGAAUUUACUGUAUAUAGAAAUUUCUAAAAAUUAACUAUAUAAGAACCUCCUGGUAGUGUUCCUCCAGGAAGAGUACCUAGAUAAAAAGAAGUUAUUGUUCUUGGAGAUGAUAUCGAUGCAGCAAGACCUGGUGAUGAAAUAUUAUUAACAGGAAUUUAUUUAUAUAGAUAUGAUUAUAUGUUAAAUGUUAAAAAUGGGUUCCCUGUAUUUUCUACAAUGAUAGAAGCCAAUUUUAUAAAAAGAGUAAAAGAAAUCGAUACAAAUAAUUUAAGUGCUCAAAGGAUAGCUUAAAUAAGAGAAUUAUCGAAAAAACAUAAUGUUGUGAAACUUAUUACUAAUUCAAUUGCACCUUCAAUCCAUGAGCAUUAAAAUGUCAAAAUGGCUUUAGCAUUGGCUAUGUUUGGAGGCGUUUCUAAAGAUAUCUAAAACAAACAUAAAAUUAGAGGAGAUAUUAAUGUCUUAUUAUUAGGAGAUCCAGGUGUUGCAAAAUCUUAAUUCCUAAAAAGUGUUGAAAAAACAUUUUAUAGAUGUGUCUUCACUACAGGUAAAGGAGCAUCAGCAGUAGGACUUACUGCUUCAGUAAAAAGAGAUCAUACAACCGGAGAAUGGACAUUAUAAGGAGGAGCAUUAGUAUUAGCAGAUAAAGGAAUAUGCUUAAUUGAUGAAUUUGAUAAAAUGAAUGAUCAUGACAGAACAUCAAUACAUGAAGCAAUGGAAUAAUAAAGUAUUUCAAUAAGCAAAGUAGGAAUAGUGGCAAGUUUGUAAGCUAAAUGUUCAGUAAUUGCAGCUGCAAAUCCUAUAAAAGGCCGUUAUGAUUCUUAAUUAUCUUUUAUGGAUAAUGUAAAUCUUACUGAUCCUAUUUUAUCUAGAUUUGAUAUAUUAUGUGUAGUAAAAGAUGAAGUAGAUAAAGACUUGGAUUACAAAUUAGCAGGAUUUGUUAUAAAUAGUCAUAUAAAAAAUCAUCCUGUAGUAUAAAAAGAAAAAGCAUAAGAACCAGAAAAAUAUAAAGAAUUCUUAAAUUAAGUAUUACUUGAUGAAUCAAGAAGAGAAGAAAAAGAAUAAAUUCCUUCAGAUAUUUUAAAAGAUUAUAUUUUUUAUGCAAGAUAAAACAUACACCCGAAAAUAUAAGAUAUUAAAAAAGACAAAAUAAAAAAAUUCUAUACUGAUUUAAGAUAAGAAAGUGCAGUUUCUGGAGGCAUGAUUAUUGCUGUUAGACAUAUUGAGUCUAUUAUUAGAAUGUCAGAAGCUCAUGCAAAAAUGCAUUUAAGAGAAAUUGUUAUUGAUGAAGAUGUUGAUGUUGCUAUUAAUGUCAUGCUUGAAAGUUUCAUUUAAUCUUAAAAAUACUCUGUUGCUCGUAUGAUUAGAAGUAAGUUUAGUUCUUAUUUAACUAAAAUGUCUGACAAUGAUUAUGUCUUGUAUAAAUUAUUAAAUAAAAUCUAAAAAGAACAUCUUGCUGUAAUUCAAUUUACUAAAAGAAAUGAAAAUCAAAGAUAACAAGAUAUUAUGUGUAAAAUUCCUAUUAUAUAAUUUGAACAUGAAGCAAAAGAAUAUGGAAUAAAUAAAUUCGAGGAAUUCUAUAACAGUAAAUUGUUUUAAAAAUAUUUUGAAAGACAAUAAAAAUUUAUUCUAGCUAAAUAGUGAAUGCGUAAUAUUUUAUAUUUUUAAUUUAUGUAUUUAUUAACUUUAAUAAAAAUAAAUAAUUCAAUU